AUGCUAUUCGGAGAAAAUGGAAUCCCAGAAUCUCUUCAAUGCGAUAACGGUACUCAAUUUAUAUCCGGCGAGUUCCAACAACUGGCAAGGCAAUAUGGUUUUGAAAUUGUGACGUCAUCCUCCCACUACCCACGUGGCUAUGGGUUCGUUGAACGCCAAGCUCAGACGGCUAAGAAGACGAUCUUGAAAUGCAGAGAGACUAAAGAAGACAUAGAUCUAGCCCUGUUGGCUCUACGAACAACGCCCCUCAGUUCCAACAUACCAUCAUCAGCUGAAUUACCGAGUGACCGAGUGUUCAAAUCCACACUUUCCGGUAAGAUCCAGCCAUCAAAGAACCAAGAAGAAGUUAGCAAUUGGCUCAAAGCGAGACAAGAUAACCAGUGCUACUAUUACAACAGACACACUAAGGAACUCCCUGAACUACACAGGAACCAAGCCAUCUAUGCGCAAGAUCCCAGCGAGAAAGACGUAAAAUCCUGCUAG